AUGGAGACAAGUCAGGCAGAAAGCCAGCCACCCUUGGGAAUGAUUAAAGAGCACGCAGCAAAGGCUAGAAGUGAAGAAAAACAGGCUGGCACUCUGGACCUGGUGGAUUUGGAGCAAAUCAUGCCCCUUUCUCCACCUCAUCCCAGCCCCAUGCCUGGGACAACGCAGUGGCACCUCUUUUUCAGCACAGCGCUGCCCAAAAAGCGGCAUCGUAUCAACCUUUAUGACAGGUCAUUGCACAAGGUUGUGGAGGCCAAUGAAGUUCUUGGCUGUGAGGAGGACAGAGGCUUGGCCCAAGGACCAAAAAUCAGAAGGAAACUCAGGGUCUGCUGCUCUUCUGCCCAUGGCUUGGGGGCACAGGGAGCGCUCUCAGCAGUCCUUUUUGCUGCCUUCCUUUAUUAUCGGAUUCUCCUGGUGAUUUUGAUCAUGUUUCUUUUGACUAUUGACCUUUUGAAAAAGAGACGUCCCAGGAAUUUCCCUCCAGGGCCACAGCUUUUUCCUCUUGUGGGAACCUUUGUGGACUUUAAGCAGCCCCUCCAUCUUGCGCUGCAGAAGCUCACUCCUCGGUACGGCAACAUCUUCAGCGUGCAGUUUGGAAGUCUGACAUUUGUGGUAGUCAACGGAUACCAGAUGGUGAGAGAAGCUCUUGUCCAUCAGGCCGAAAUAUUUGCAGAUCGUCCAAAUAUUCCACUUCUCCAAGAAAUUUUUAGAGGCUUUGGGCUCAUAUCAUCAAAUGGGCAUAUAUGGAGACAACAGAGAAAGUUUGCUUUAUCAACACUGAAAAGCAUCGCUGUAAGUUUUGAGGAAAAAGUACAAGAGGAGAGUCGGUACCUAAUCGAGAUAAUAGAGGAAGAGAAAGGACAACCGUUUGACCCUCAUUAUAAAAUUAACAGUGCUGUCUCAAAUAUUAUCUGUUCCAUAACUUUUGGGAACCGCUUCGACUACCAUGACAACCGUUUCCAGGAGUUGCUGCAUUCGCUGGCUGAAACACUGCUCCUCAUAGGAAGUUUUUGGGGCCAGCUGUAUAACGCUUUCCCCUUGGUAAUGAGAUGGUUACCGGGACCCUUUAGGAAAAUCUUUAGGCACUGGGAGAAACUUAAAUGUUUUGUGAAAGAAGUGAUUGCAAAACACAAGGAGGAUCUGAAUCAGUCUGAAUUGGGAGAUUACAUUGAUUGUUAUCUGAAGGAAAUAGAGAAGUGGAAGGGUGACACCAGCUCUUAUUUCCACGAGGAAAAUCUGCUGUGCUCCACCCUGGACCUCUUCCUGACCGGGACUGAGACGACCGCCACCGCCAUCCGCUGGGCCCUGCUCUACAUGGCCAUGCACCCCCAUGUCCAAGAGAAAGUACAGCUGGAAAUUGACACCGUGAUCGGGCAGUCCCGCCAGCCAGCGAUGGACGACAAGGAAAACAUGCCGUACACCAGCGCCGUGCUGAGCGAAGUGCUGAGGUUGGGCAACAUAGUGCCGCUGGGUGUCCCCAGGAUGUCCACCAGUGACACCACCCUGGCAGGCUUCCACCUUCCCAAGGGCACCACCCUGAUGACCAGCCUGACUUCAAUCAUGUUUGACAAAAAUGUGUGGGAGACUCCAGACACCUUUAAUCCCGAACAUUUCUUGGAAAACGGCCAGUACAGGAAGCGAGACGCUUUCCUGCCUUUCUCUGCAGGCAAGCGGGCUUGCCCUGGUGAGCAGCUCGCCAGAACGGAGCUUUUCAUCUUCUUCACGGCUCUCCUGCAGAAAUUCACCUUCCAGGCCCCGGCCCACGCGGCGCUGACCUUCGAAUUCACGCUCAGCCUCACGCGCUGCCCCAAGCCCUUCCAGAUCCGGGCGCUGCCUCGCUGCUGAGCUCCGCAAGGGCUGCCCUGGCUUCCCAGGAUUUCAGCCCUUCCCAAUGGGAAGAGGGUCCCUUUUCCCCACCAGGCCAUUACAUUUUUGGAUGCGGUGGUGGUCUCUAGAUGCCCAAGGCCCAGCAGCUCACUGGACAAGCCAGGCUGGGACAUGCACGCUCUGGGAUCGCACUUCUGUGCCCAUUUGAACGUCCACGUCAAGAAGCCAACACCAACCUUGACGCCUCAGGUAGCCUCAGGUCUGCUGUGGUAUGAGGUCCCCACACUCCCACGUCGCGCGGAGAGGCCAUAUCUCAGCCGAACUCCUUGCAACAGCAGCAUCCAGUUUUUAAUAUCUCAUGCAUGUACAGAAAUUUUCAUUAGGAAGCUAUAGGGUGGUAGAAGCAGCUUCUGCCACAGGCCGUGCUGAGCGGGAGCGAACAUGGAGCCGUGCUGCCAGGCAGGUCUUGAAUGGCAAUAAAAAUUCAAUAUUAGACUCGUCCGAGGAGGAAAGCUUUAUCCAAAAUGGUUUCCAUUGUGUAAAAUCCACAGUGGAAAAGUGGCAAAACCCACUGAUAUUAGAGCUGCUCAGGCAUGGUUUAGCCACAGCCAAGGAGAGCAACAGGCAGGAGGGAGCCGGGCGAGCCAGCAGCAGCCCGAGCACGAAGGAGAGCGGCAGCUGCGCACUGGGAAGUCACCAGCUUUCCCUUCGCCCUUCCGCCCCGGCAAAGAUUCGUGCUCGUUGCCGCGCCGGGUUUCGGUCUGAUCGGGUCGCACCGCCCUCCAUCGUUCCUGCGACAGCCCGGGGACGGCCCAAAAAUGCUGUGAGACACUACUUCUGCCCAUCCGGGGGUCGCUGUGGAAGGGUGUCAAACCUCAGCCCAGAAAAUAAUUAAGUAUGCAAUUUGUACAGAGGUUUUCCACUGACGUAACCUGACAUUAAUGCUUAGGAAGCGCGUCCUGCGCUGUCUCCUCUGCGCUUCGUUCGGAAUAUAAACACAGCAGAGCUUCCCUCCCUCCUUUUUUUUUCCUUCUAGACUUUCAUAAGUGACUUCUAUAUGUACACACAUGUCAGAUACUCAAUAGCUAGCAAGAAAAUUAAAUCACGUUUCACUUCCAUUGGAUUUAAGCCCCCGUCGCAGGCAAUAAAGGCGCUCGCUGCUGUUGGGAGCGUGGCUGUGCAAUUGCAGAUUUGUGCCACAUGGGAGAGUCCUCUGCACAUCACAUCCCUGCGCCUCCCGCUCGCGCAGGGGUUUGUAAACGAGCCGUGCUUUUAAUUGAUCGUUUUAAUCCUGUUGCGUUUUUAAUCAAUGCUUUGCUCUCCUUUUUUUUUGAAACGAGAAAAUGUAAAAGAUCUGUGGAUUUUCCCCCUCUCUGAAGUUUUCAAAGCCCGUUCAGGACUGGACGCUCUGUCCGCCUGCGCUUUGGAGUAGCUCUGACUUCCGAUACGUGCGUACAACUUGUAUUAUUCGCUUUGGCUUAGCAAACAAGUUUUCAUCUCUUUCCUUUUACCACUUUAAACUUGCGUUUCCCUGUUGCUGUACUGUUUCCUUCUCCAUUCACGGUGCCUCCUGGGAGAGAAUAAAUGGUUGCAAUCUUUCUUCUUCUUCUUCUUCUUUUUUGCCAUCAUUUGCAAACCAGAGGUUUUUAAAUGUACUGAUCCCAUACCAUAAAGGCAGAAGGUGUGAAUUUGUUUAGUUUCCAUGUAAUUUUCUGGCUGGAGCACCUCAUGGGAGGGGAUGUGGGAACACAUGCACCGCUGCAGGCUCAGGCCUGGUGUAUUUGACAGCCAGAGGUAGUAAGAGAGCUUCUCCUCUAAGCCACAUUUUUCCCUUUAAGUAAAACAGGGAUUUAACCUUUUCCCAUAGGAAAACAAUGGUUGAAGGGAAAGUUUGCCGAUCGCAAAGGCCGGGGGGCAGUUCCUCUCUCCCUGGACUUGCUGCUCCGAGCAGGUCCGUCCCAGCCCCAGACUCCUCCUCAGCCUCCUGCACCUGGUCUGCGCCCUGAGCAACCCUUGAAAGCCACAACUGGGGCACCUGAAAGACAGCAAAUUAACCCAAACUGUCCAUGCAGAGAGCAAGUACGGACCUGAACACUGCAAACUGCUGCUGCAGGCCAUGGGACGCUGCCGGCCCUUGGCGGGACCUUCCCAAACGCUCCUUUGCGGCUCACGCCCUCUCUUGCACACUGUAACGUAGCACGUCCAUCAGCGUUAAAUUCGAUGUUCUUCCCCGGGACAGCCUGCAAGUCCAGCCUCGGGCAAGCACCCGCUGCGUUCUCGCGGGACGCCAGCGCCGGGAGCCAGGAGAGAGGCAUCCGGCUGGGGUCUGCUGUGGCCCCCGGCAGCCGGAGCAGGAGCACUGGGAAAAGAAAAAUCAAGCUUUACAAAUCCAACUGCUUUUUAGUUUUAAAAUUGGUCUAGAAGGAAGCUGAGCACAGCACCAAGGCUAGG